AUGUCCCUCUUAACCCGGGGCAACGCAGCCCUUCGCUUCCACCGGCCCCAAUCCUACAAUCUUUCAGUCCUGCAACAUCCCUCCGUGCGCUACCAGGCCCUCUUUUCCACCUCCGCACGCCACGCCAACAGAAAGUCCACCACCACCACCACCUCACCCUCAAACCCAACCACAACAGUCCCAACACCAACACGAGACGAAAUCAACGCCCCUUUAAGCACAUUCCCCGCAACAAUCGAAACACCCCCCCAAGAUCCAUCCACACCACCAACCCCAAUCAACAAAAUAAAACGCCUAAUCUCCACCGGCCGCGCAUAUCUAACCUUCUACAAAACGGGCCUCAAAAACGUCUUCAGAAACUACCGCGCCUCCAUACCCCUCCGCAAAUCCCUGUCUCUACCAGUCUACCUACCCACCUCCCCACCACGCAAUGGCAAUGGCAAUAGCACCAAUGCCAGCGCCAACCUAGGCAGAGCCCAGUACCAACUCGUCCGACGCUCAGCCCGCGACGUCCGAAGAAUGAUCCCAUUCACACUCAUCCUAUUGAUCUGCGGCGAAUUCACACCUCUAAUUAUCCCGCUUUUCGGCGCCGCGAUUACGCCCGCGACAUGUCGUGUUCCCAGCCAAAUCGCCAAGGAGCGUGAAAGUGCCAGUAAGCGGAAAUACCUUGCCCUGGCCGCGCAUGCGAAUAUUGCUGCGAAGGAGCAGGGUGCCAUGCCGGCGAGUGUGUCGGUGGGGAGUGCUGAGGAGAUGGCGUUGCUUGCGACGAGGUUUGCGGGUGCGGAGUUUGCGGUGAAGGCGGGUGGGAGUGAGGUUUUGGUUGCUGGGGCUGUUUUUGGGAUUGUGGGGAGUCAUCGGCCUCGUUUGGGGGGCUUAUUGAUGGGGCCUGUUUAUCGGCCGAGGUUGCGGAAGUAUGUGCGGUAUCUUGAGAUUGAUGAUGGGAUGAUUCGGGAGGGUGGGGGUGUGCGGGCUUUGAGUUCGCAGGAGGUUAGGUUUGCGUUGGAGGAGAGGGGGCUUGGGGAUGUUGGGUCUGUUUUGAGGAAGGGGGGGUGUGGUUGA